AUGUCCUCGGCUGAAGACGACACUGACCAGGGCGCGAAGCGCCGCAAGAUCCAGCGAGCCUGCGAUGUCUGUAGGAGGAAGAAAAUUCGAUGUGAUGGCGCGCAGAUGCCCAAGAACCGGUGCUCAAAUUGCAUCGCAUACAAUUUCGAGUGUACCUACGUCGAGGCCGCUAAGAAACGCGGCCCGCCUAAAGGAUAUGUCGAAAGCUUGGAGAACCGUCUGGAAAAAAUGGAGAAACUCCUCCAGAAGCUAUGUCCCAACGGCGACUUCUCACAAGAGCUCGGAGGCCCACUCGACAAAGACUCUUGGAUUCGCGAUAGAGGCUCUAGUGUGAUCCUUCCUAAGUCUGGCCGGGGCUCCCCGACUCUUGCAUCCCAUUCAUCUGGCUUUGGCAUCACUUCCAGCGGCAGUCAUAUCCCUCCGGGCCCUUCAGAGCUCACUGAGGACGACGGACUCGAGCCAAGCGAUGACGAGCUCGUCCACAUGACGCUGACUCAGACAAUGAAGCAGAUCCGCCUGGACCCGGUCCAUCCGCGUUUCUUCGGAAAAUCCAGCGGAAUCCGCCUUUUGCAAACCGCUCUGGACCUGAAGAGCGAAUACGCCGGAGAGCGCAAACCCACGGUCGAGGAAACCAAGGAACGGUUCCUCAGCCUUCAGACGGAAUCAGAGCGUCGCGAAUUCUGGAAACCGAAAGCAUACGAGCUUGCCAUCUUCGAGGAGGAACGUGCUACAUUCCGUUUCCCUGAUGCCGACCUGAUCUCAACCCUCACCGACAUCUACUUCGUCGAAGUCAAUCCGUAUCUCCCCCUCCUCCACCGUCCGACUUUCAUUCGCGGCAUUUCUGAGGGACUGCACCUUCGCGACGACGGUUUUGGGUCUACGGUACUGCUUGUAUGCGCUAUCGCCUCGCGGUGGUGUGACGAUCCGCGCGUCUUCCUUGAAGAUCAACGUUCCGGGCUCGCACGUACACAUUCCGCCGGCUGGAAAUGGUUCAACCAGGUGCAGGUCGUUCGGAAGAGUCUGCUCGCUCCUCCUUGUCUCCACGACUUGCAAGCGUAUGCAUUGUCGGUGAUCUUCCUUCAUGGGUCGUCGUCGCCGCAAGCAUGCUGGACGAUGGCCGGAAUUGGUAUUCGCCUGGCGCAGGACGUGGGAGCGCACCGACGCAAAGUCUAUGGUCCGAAGUUGACGGUAGAAGAUGAGCUAUGGAAACGUGCUUGCUGGGCUCUCAUCACUCUGGACCGUCAAAUAUGCUGCGGUCUAGGUCGCCCAUGUGCAUUGCAAGACGAAGACUUCGAUCUAGAUUUGCCAGCAGAUUGCGACGACGAGUACUGGGAGUCAGACGAUCCCGAGAAGGCCUUCAAACAACCUGAGGGCAAGCCUUCGAGCGUGACGUACUUCAUCUGCCGCAUCAAGUUGAACCAGAUACUCGCGUUUGCACUACGUACCAUUUAUUCGAUCAAUAAAUCUAAGGUUCUCCUUGGCUUCGUUGGCCAACAGUGGGAACAGCAUAUCGUCGCCGAGCUUGAUUCUGCCCUGAACAAGUGGAUUGACUCCGUUCCCGACCAUUUGCGCUGGGAUCCGAAGCGGGAGGAUAUGCUUUUCUUCAAUCAAUCGGCGUACUUACACCUGGAGUAUUAUAAUCUGCAGAUCAUCAUCCACCGGCCUUUCAUCCCUUCCCCUCGCAAGCCUUCACCGCUUUCGUUCCCCUCCCUCGCUAUCUGCACGAACGCUGCUAGGUCAUCCAGCCAUGUGAUCGACAUACAUCGCAGACGCUGUGACAACAAACCAUCCGCGUUCACUCUGAUUUAUGCGUUCACUUCGGGCAUCGUUCUUCUGCUCAAUAUCUGGGGUGGUAAGCGUUCAGGCGCGUCAAGUAAUCCCGAGAAAGAGAUGGCAGACGUGCACAAGUGCAUGCAAGUCCUGAAGCUGUGCGAAUCAAAGUGGCAUUCAGGAGGGCGUCUGUGGGACAUACUCAGAGACUUGGCCUCCGUCAGCGAGUUGCCACUGCCACGAUCCAGCCCUGGACCGACUUUCAAACGCGAGCGAGACUCGGACGAGCCGAUCACCUCGGACAGCGCGACCAUUGCAUCAUCUGCUUCAGCGACUGCACGCCAACAACCCGAGGCGCCCCGCAACAUCGCCGGUUCACGACGCGUGUCAAAUCACACGUCCGCAGCAGCGCAGCCUGCGCGCUCGACGUCCCACUUAUACGCACUCCCUGUACACAGCGAGGACCUCGGACGCAUCCCGUUGCACCCCACUGCGGCUACGCCAUCGGAUAACGGAUCAUCCUCAGACGCCCCGUCGCCACUUUCUUCGUGGUAUCAGAACACAUCCGGGCCCACAUAUGGUACAGCCGCGCCUGCAUCCCCACACGCAUCCGCUCCGCACGCGGGACCAAGCAAUGCCCCGAGCGUACCGCUCGCGAAUUCUAUGGGCGCGAUGUCAGCAUUCCCUAUGGAUCCACUCAUAUACGACCAGAUGAUGUCCAGUUUUGCGGAUUCUGGUCCCGUCACCGGGGUUCCGCCCAUGUCCACCGCGGGCUAUGAAGGCUACCAGCCACCCGGACAGUCGAUGCCGGAUAACGACACCAUUGCCAUGUGGUCCAACGCACCUAGUGGAUUCGAGUGGGACGAUUGGGGUUCUUACAUAUCCAUGGCGGCUCAGCAGGGGCAUCGGGGUGAUGCGCUAUAGAGAGCUGCCUGUUUCUUAGUUAUCGACAGAUUGAACGGCUUUGCGUGUCUUGCUCAUACUGUAGCUCUAGUGCUACCUUUGGUCGUGCAGUAGACUGUAUUCGCUAGCCUUAUAUAUUCUCAAUCAGCCUGGCG